UUCCAUACAUUAAUUUUCAACAUGCCCCCCAACCCAAAGGAAAGUCCAGUUCUAGUACAACUUCAUCAGCCCCCCCAAAAUGGAGUGCAAAUUACGUUUGCCUACCGGAUUGAGAAGAAAAGGAGCUUUGGAUGGAGGGUUCUUUGCCAUAAAGUAUGGAACCAAAAAGCCUGAGGCCUUUUAGUUGGCAAAGGCCAAGGACAUCAAAUUUCUCAGGCUUCUUCCCUAUCUACUAAAGUAACAAAGACAAGUAUUUCUUUUCUCUUUAUUUUCUUUGAACUGAAUACUUGUUAGGUCAGAACAGCGCCUACAAUCAUAGUUUCUAUAACCAAGGCCAGGCAAAAUCUUGCAAAUCAGUGCAAAUCCAAGAGAUCUGUUAAACUAAUUUCCCUUCAGAUUUUUUUUCCCCUCACUAUGCUAUAGGAAUAUAUUAAGCAGUGGGAUACAAUCUUAUUUCUAUCUAUACCCCAUACCAUUUUAUGGAUUGAUAUUUUAUGUUGUACAGGUGUGCGGAGCAGAAUAAAAGAACUAGCAGAUAUUAUAUUACAUCUCAAAUAGUUUCAUUAUUAGUUUAAUAAAUGAAACAAGAUUAAAAAUAUUUACAUUAAUUCAAAAUUUGGAAUGUAUAGCAUCAUUGCUAAUAAAAACAAUUACUCUAUUAUUCUAAAACAGGAAUUUUUUUUUGCAAAAUUAUCUUGGUUUACUGUUAAUGUGGCUUAAAGAGUAGCAUUAAGAAUUACUUCAUGUACUGCAAAGCCAGCAGAGGGAACACUGAGUACUGAUUUAGUAGGGGCCACCAAGUAUCUGGUAUUUGGGGAAAAAAAAAUGUCAGUAAUGGAAAAUUGGUUACAAAGCAUGUGAAGUUAGGUAGUGAGAACACAGAAAUCUUUUCUCAUUACUUGCUAUUCAGAGGCCUAAUACAUUCCAGUGUGCACAUACUCAGUUGGUGAGAAAAAUGACUUUAGUAAAAGGCCAUUUGUCACAUGUUUUGUUACAUUUUAAGAGGACUACUAACACAUAAGAACAAACCUAUUUCAGCAGUCUGUGCAUUCAUGUAUACCCUAAAACUCUUAUAAAGUCAAUGGAAAUUACUAACAAUGUAUUUCUUUAAUUCUAAGAACUUUUUCAUUUUUAACUUCUCAGAUGUCUUACAACCAUGGGGGUAUCAGUGUCAUUGGCAGUUGUUCUCUCUUAAGGACAUAUAACAAUAGUAUGUCUUGAAGACAUUACUUAGAUUUGUUGAAAUAUGGGAAAUACAGCUAACAAUAUAAAUAGGCCAGUGGCUAUUUUUUUUUUUUAGUACACACUUUAAAAAGAUCUGUGUGCUUUAAACAUAAACAAAACUACUCUGCUUUAACUUCACUUUUCCCUGAUAAUAUUCACUGCUAGAAACAUAAACAGCUUGGGAAAUAUAAUCAAUUAUAUUGAUACUCACCUUGACUGAAUUAUCACAAACUAGCUACACCCUCAAAUCCUUAGUUGGUACAAGUCCCCAAAUAAACAUGGUGUUUAUUCUUUUUUUUUAUUCUUGUGGAAAUAUUGAUUUUAUAAAUAAUAGACCUCUUAGAGUAAUUUUUAUGUCAGACUGAUAACAUGUACGGGUGUGUUGUGGUAUGCAUACCAAAGAAAAUGAAAAGCAUGAUAACACACCCAAUUUUGUUAUAUGCAAAAGAAGUGCCUGCGGGUUUUUAAUUUGUUUGUUUGUUUUUAAGAUUUGUUUCUCCUUCUAAAAGAAAAAGCAUAUAACUUGGGUAACUACUGGUCAAAAAUUAUUUGCUUUUACCCACAAAAACAUUCUUGCAUGUGGUUAAUCCUUAGAGGUCCAGUCAGAUGUCUCCAAAGGGUGUUCUUUCCAGUAAAAUUCUACAUCUGACAACCUGGGCCUCUCGCCAGCCUACAUACUUUAAAAGUUUGACAAGAUAAAUAGAAAUCUACUGCCUCGCACUAGUUUGAUCUGAAUAGAAAGCUGACUUAAAUUAUGUUAGGUUAGCCCUACCUAACCACUUAGCAUUGGCUGAUAGAAAAACAGUUUACUAUUAAGGUGUUAAGGAAGACCAAUUUUUAGUAGAAUUUUAAUUUUCAUACCUUAGACCAAAGGUAAUUUUCAUGGCUAAAUUAGCAUGUAUUCUGACUACGAAAGCACAUUUUCUUUGCUGCGUUCUUCACAAGGCUCUUCAUGAAGUUUCUUUUCAAAUCAUUAGGACAAUAGGAUUGCUGAUGUGGUCCUUGGAUAGUUCAUGUUUAUGAUCUGUGAUUAUUUUUUCACAUCAGUGGCCAUCCUCAAUUUUAGUCUCUUGAACAACAUGCUUCUACUAAAGGGAGUGUCUUCACAAUGUGAAUUAGCCAGGGAAGGACAACAGCAUUCACUGAGGGCUUACUGUACAUCAAGCUCAUUCAACCUUCACAAACACCCUACAUAAAGUAGUUCCUACUGUUCCCACAUCACAGAUGAGGAAAACUGAUACUUGUCACAUCCCCAGGGUUACAAGACCAGUAAAAAGGACUAGCGACCAGAUCUAAUAUAAAUCACCAAAUCUAAUGUAAAUCCAGAGGUUCCAUUUUCUUCUGCAACCAGCUACCACUGCCUUCUAGUUUCUCUUUGUCUGGGUCUUUCAGUUCCAUUUGAUUGAAGCAGCUAAUAUAUAGGAGAAAAUAUAUAUAAAGGAAAGGAGGAGGGUUUAGGCUGGGAGAAGGACAGAGUGGAGCAAUCUUUAAUUCUGAAAAUGUGGAAAGCAAAUACUUAGAAAGUAAAAUCGAUUCCUAUCCUUUAUCAUCUUACACAAAAUUCUAUGUAAAUUCUCCCCUUGAGUUAAGUAUAGAAUGCUGCCUAAUGUGCUCCAGUGGAAAGCUCCUCUGUUUAGGCUAUCCAGGAUUUAUAGCCGAAUUUAAAUCAUUAAGUAACCAUAGUUAACCCCUGUUUGGUUAAGAAAGCAAAUAAUUAUUGCAAAAAUUCUUCUUCUCUGCCUUCACAAACAGCACCCAAAUUGCUCUGAAGGGAUUUACACAGUACAUCAACAUCUGUGCUGUACCUCGAGUUGUUAAAAUAACUGUGAUGACAGGUGUCCAGGUACCACUUUCUUAAUGGUUUUCAAUAUCCAUUGAUUUAUUGUCGUGGUUUUCCUCCCCCUUCUACAUCCUUGGCUUUAUGAAGGAGCCGAGGAACAGAUUUUGCACCAGAGGCUGAUUCUUUAUUCCAAUACUGAAAAGAACUAAUAAAAAUAAUCACUUGGCUUUUAAGCAGAAAGCUUCCAUUUACAGUAUUUCACCCUCCCCCCUUCUAAGCCCCUUGUUAUCUAACAUAAUGGUUAGAAUACAUUUCCGUCUCUCCCCUUAAUAAUUUCAUGCAUUAACAUCCUCUUCAAACACCACAUGCUGCACACACACACAUACACAGACACACACACAAACGCACACACGCAGGCACAGCAAAAGGAAAAAAGAGGCAGCAGAAAUCUCAGCUGUACUUCUAGCCCUUUUAAAAAGUUUGCUCUGUAAAUUGGAAUGAGGUCAGAUUUGGAGCUUCUCAUUGCACGCGGAGAUUAUUAUUGCAUCGGGUUCCAAGCCAAUAGGAAGCCCGGGGGAGGGGCUUGGCACGAGGAAGCGUUGGUUACAGCGGCUGAUUGGCUGCGGCCAGGACUGGGAAAGGAUAAAGAGGCGCGAGGCGGAAUUGGGGUCUGCUCUAAGCUGCAGCAAGAGAAACAGUGUGUGAGGGGGAGAGGCCUGUUUCGCUCCCGGGUCUCUAGUUCUUGCACGCUCUUUAAGAGUCUGCAUCGGAGGAACUGUGCCAUUACCAGCUCCCUUCUUGCAGAAGGGAGGGGGAAACAUACAUUUAUUCAUGCCAGUCUGUUGCAUGAAGGCUUUUUGGCUUCCUACCUUGCAACAAAAUAAUUGCACAAACUCCUUAGUGCCGAUUCCGCCCACAGAGAGUCCUGGAGCCAGAGUCUUUUCUGCUUUGCAUUGCAGGAGAGGGACUAAAUGAUAGAGACUAUGUCGCUUUCCUGAGCUCCCGAGAGCGCUCGUGAACUGGAAUCAACUGCUUCAGGGGAAGAAAAAAAAAAAAAAAAAAAAUCCAGACUUGCCUGGGAGGCGGCGAGAAACUUGCACUGGAAGCUUCAGCAACCAGCAUUCGAGAAACUCCUCUUCACUUUAGCACGGUCUCCAGGACUCCGAGCCGAGAUAGAGCAAACUGCGGCGCGGUGAGAAAGAGAAGAGCAAGAGCGAGAGAGGGAGGGAGGGAGGGAGACGCUCCAGCCUGGGAACUAUAACUCCUCUGCAAGAGGCGGAGUACUCCUACCCCGCAUCCUUUGGUGACUUUUCGCUCUUCGCCCACCUCCGCCCCGGCCGGGAGUUGAGCGGCCAGCUCCGCAGCCGCACGCGUCCUCCCGCUCGGCGUGCGCUUGGCUCCGGGAGCCGGGAGGGCCCGGCGAUCGCGCCGCGGCCGCCGCGAGGGUGUGAGCGCGCGUGGGCGCCCGCGGAGCCGGGGCCAUGGUGCAGCAAACCAACAACGCCGAGAACACGGAAGCGCUGCUGGCCGGCGAGAGCUCGGACUCGGGCGCCGGCCUGGAGCUGGGCAUCGCCUCCUCCCCCACGCCCGGCUCCACAGCCUCCACGGGCGGCAAGGCCGACGACCCGAGCUGGUGCAAGACGCCAAGUGGGCACAUCAAGCGGCCCAUGAACGCCUUCAUGGUGUGGUCGCAGAUCGAGCGGCGCAAGAUCAUGGAACAGUCGCCCGACAUGCACAACGCCGAGAUCUCCAAGCGGCUGGGCAAACGCUGGAAGCUGCUCAAAGACAGCGACAAGAUCCCUUUCAUUCGGGAGGCGGAGCGGCUGCGCCUCAAGCACAUGGCUGACUACCCCGACUACAAGUACCGGCCCAGGAAGAAGGUGAAGUCCGGCAACGCCAACUCCAGCUCCUCCACCGCCGCCUCCUCGAAGCCGGGGGAGAAGGGUGACAAGGUCGGUGGCAGCGGCGGGGGCGGCCACGGGGGCGGCGGCGGGAG